UAAGUGAAACUUGUUCCCCAUGCAAAGCCCCUACUCACCAUCUCACAUGUUACGUGUCACCAUUUUGCCAAUCCCACCUCCGUAUAAACACCAUCCAAUAUGCCUUUCUUCCUUCAUUCAAAUUUUCUUUUCUUUUUUUCCCAUUCACUCAAAGCAAAAAUGGCUGAUCGUCCACAACCACACCAACUCCAAGUCCACCCGCAACGCCGCUACGAAGACGUCGGAGCCAAGGGACGAGGAGGCCCUUCAGCCUCCACAAUCCUUGCCGUUGUAACCCUCGUCCCCCUCGGCGGCUCGCUACUAGGACUUGCUGGUUUGACGCUGGCGGCCACACUAUUUGGCUUGGCUGUGUCUACCCCGGUAUUCAUCAUCUUCAGCCCCAUUCUAGUGCCAGCAAUCUUGACCAUUGGUCUGGCUGUCCUUGCCUUUUUGACCUCGGGGGCAUUUGGGCUGACGGCUCUCUCUUCGCUCACAUGGGCUUUCAACUACCUACGUCGGGCGACCGGGUUCAUGCCGGACCAGAUCGACCAAGCGAAGAGGCGCAUGCAGGAUAUGGCUGGUUAUGUGGGGCAGAAGACGAAGGACCUGGGGCAGGAGAUUCAAAGCAGGACCCAAGAACAAGGGAGGAGGACGUGAAUGGAGGAAGAUAAAGGGAAAUGGCUGAGUUAUGUUUGAGUCCUGUAGCCAUGUCAAUGUCGGAAUUGUAUGUGUUUCGAGUGUUUUCUUUUGAGUAUUCCUAGGAUAGUUCACUUUGAGCUACUUCUAGAAUGCUAGCUUUGGUUUGCAUUUCUACUAUUU